AUGUCUCAAAACACUGACCAACGUAAAGAGACAGAGCCCACACCAAAAUCUAGACGUGGUCGAAAACCAAAAACUGUUCCUAAAAAGUUGGACUACACGGGACGGGAACCUAUCAUGAUAGUGAAGAAGUCACAAAAGCGAAAGGCGACCGAAAAAAAUAUGGCCGUGGUGAAUAUUGGUGUGGGAAGACAGGAGCUUGCACGGAUGACCACGAAGGAGUUGAGAAUCUAUGCCAAAGCUAUUGAAGUCACACUACUUAAAAUCCAACUUAAUAACCGUGGAAGUGGGGUUGAUAGAUGA